AUGGAUGCCCUUUAUCAUUGUUGCUGUUCGCGGCUUCAUCCGACCUUUACCUGCGCAGGAUCGCCCGCCUCUUUCCCGACGCCACGCUCCGCGCUUACGCCGACGACCUGGCCAUGGUGCUGCCGAGGGCUCCCCGCGCUGCAGGCACUCUUCGCUGAUUUCGGCCGGAUGUUCAGGCUGGGCCUCGACGCCCCAAAGACUGCGCUGGUCCCCCUCGACCCAUUCAACGAACUCGACUUCAGGCGGGAGCUUGCGACGACGGUGCCGCAGUGGGGCAGCCUGGGGGUGGCCGGAUACGCCAAGUACUUGGGAUUCUACCUCGGCCCUGACCGCGGGCGUCGCACGUGGGGCGCCCCUGUAGCCAAGUACGCAGCGAGGGCGCGCAUUUGGAAACACAUUGGUGCCGGGGCCUUCCUCGCGGCGCGCGCCUACGACAUCUUCGUGGCAUCGGUCCUCCUCUUGGUGGCUCAGCUCGACGCGGUGCCGCUGGAGUUCGCGGCCGCGGAGCAGAGCGCCUUCCGGGCCUUGUUCCCAGGCCCGCGGGGCUGGAUGACGACUGAGUGCUUGAAGAACAUCAAGGACUUCCACAUGAUGUGGCAGUUGAAGGACCUGCUGGCGACCGCGCUCGCCGCCAAGGCCCCGGGCGGCCCGGGCGGUCCGGUUCGAGGACGGCGGGCGCCUGGACGUGCAUGGCCGCGCUGCGCGAAUGACGGCGCUAACCUUGGAGGACGACCAGUCGAUGGUCCAGGUGGCUUGGCUGAUGCGCUGGCGUUCGCAACGCUUCCUGUUCCAGCUGUCCGAGGCUGA